AUGACGCAGCUCUUCGCCUCCAAUCCGUCGCCUACGACCAACGAGAAACGUGGAAAUCUCCCCGGACUUUCCAUGCCUCCCAAAAAACACUCCAACGAUUCCAGCCAUUUCCCAACGAAACUCAAGAACUUCUUCCGCAUCAACAGCUCAAGUAGCACGUCCACACAAUCUAGCCAUCAUGGGAACAGUUCCGAUCGCGAACAUGGUACAUCGACCCCCGUCAAAAGUGAAACCAAAUCCACAUUCAGACAGUCUCGAUUUCUCCCAAUCAUCGGUCGCAAUCGCUCUGCCACAGUCGCCAGUGAAGGCAAUCCGUUAGACGAAGGAAUUUCUCCGACCGCAACCGCCAAUCCGUACUUCGUCCACCAAGGGCAGCCCACUUUACAGCAUCGAAACGAAGGUUCGGAACCCUCUUCACCGCCGGAUACGCCAGAGUUACAAGUCGAUGGUGUCUCGGCUGUGGAACAAGCAACCACGGCCAACAAGGAGGAGCUUGCGCGGAAAUUGCGACGUGUCGCCUCAGCCCCCAAUGCCCAGGGCCUGUUCAAUGCCGGUGACAACGCUGGCCGUCCUCAGACUGCGGAGCUGGGUAAGGAACCCUUACUACAAUCCGGAGCUGCUGGCUCUCAAGUGGCCCUGGUUGAGACGAGCGCGGAUAGUGAUGGAAAUCUGUCUCUGCCGGUUCCUGGCUUCGAUAGCAAAGUACGGACCUCUAGUGGUGGGUUCCGCCGAACGUACAGCUCGAAUUCAAUCAAGGUCCGCAACGUCGAGGUCGGGCCGGCUAGCUUCGAUAAGAUCAAGCUCAUUGGCAAGGGCGAUGUGGGCAAGGUCUAUCUUGUAAGGGAAAAGAAGUCGAGCCGUCUGUACGCGAUGAAGGUUCUGAGUAAGAAGGAGAUGAUCAAAAGGAACAAGAUCAAACGAGCAUUGGCCGAGCAAGAGAUCCUCGCAACCAGUAAUCAUCCGUUCAUUGUUACGCUGUACCACUCUUUCCAGUCUGAGGACUAUCUCUACCUGUGCAUGGAAUACUGCAGCGGCGGAGAAUUCUUCAGAGCUCUCCAAACUCGCCCAGGGAAAUGCAUCUCGGAAGAUGCUGCUCGAUUCUAUGCAGCCGAGGUCACGGCUGCUCUCGAGUAUCUCCACUUGAUGGGAUUCAUUUACCGCGACCUGAAGCCAGAAAACAUUCUCCUCCAUCAAUCGGGCCACAUCAUGCUUUCAGACUUCGAUCUUUCAAAACAAUCCGGGUCAGGUGGUGCACCUACUAUGAUUCCCGCCCGAAGCGGCAACUCUAGCACGGCCUUCCCUACAAUCGACACCAAGUCCUGUAUCGCGGACUUUAGGACAAAUUCAUUUGUCGGCACCGAAGAGUACAUUGCCCCAGAAGUUAUAAAAGGCUGUGGGCAUACCAGUGCAGUAGAUUGGUGGACUCUAGGUAUCCUUAUUUACGAAAUGCUGUAUGGGACAACGCCGUUCAAGGGCAAGAACAGAAACACCACGUUUGGCAACAUUCUUCGGGACGAGGUUCCGUUCCCAGAGCAAGGUGGUGCACAGCAAAUUUCUAACAUCUGCAAGUCAUUAAUCCGCAAACUCCUGAUCAAGGAUGAGACUAAACGGCUCGGAGCUCGGGCUGGGGCGUCAGACGUCAAAACUCACCCCUUCUUCCGGCAAACGCAAUGGGCUCUUAUUCGCCAUAUGAAACCACCAAUGAUUCCUCACCAGAGUCGCGGAAACGAGACCGUCAACUUCCGCAACGUGAAAGAAAGCGCAAGCGUUGACAUUGGCGAAAAGAACCCAUCCAAGAUGAAGGGUGUGCCACUGAACUCCGGUCUCGCAACUCCCAAUGGCGAAAUUUCGGAUCCCUUCGAAGAGUUCAACAGCGUAACUCUCCAUCACGACGGCGACUUCUAG